AUGUCUGCAACGGCUCGAGGUCGCUCGCCAAACCGCUCACCACUUGACCCAGGUCCCGAGCAAGCUUCAACCCCAAUGAGGCGCACGAUGUCACCUCGUUCAGAGUCCAGACCCGGGAGCGAGCGAAGCCCAUCCUCCGAUCAUGUUCGUCGCAACGGUUACCGCUCCAGAAGCCGGUCUCGCUCCGCUUCGCGAUCGAGAAUGCUGUCGCGAAGCCGAAGCCGAAGCUGGAGUAGUCGGAGUCGCAGCCGCAGUCGAGGCUCCCGACGGUGUAGGGACAGAAGUUACAGUGAAACUCCUAGCCCUUCAGAUAACCUGCCAAGAAGCUCAAAAAUUGUUGUUGAAAAACUGACAAAGAAUGUAACGGAGUCACACCUUCGAGAAAUAUUCGGGAGUUUCGGGGGUAUAGAGAGCCUGGAUCUUCCCAUGAACAAAGCUUGUAUGUAUGGGCAGAUAUCCUUAUCACUCUAUCAGCCGCCUAACGCACUCUUUCAAGUUAUGACAAACCGAGGCACAGCAUAUAUACUUUUUAACGAUCCCGCGGAUGCAGAAGCGGCUAUUGCACACAUGCACGAGGCCCAACUCGAUGGGGCUGUGCUUAAUGUUUCUAUUGUUCUUCCCCGAAGAGCAUUUUCCCAAUCACCACCACCUCAGAGCGGCAGGGUAAGUUUCGGCCGUCAAAGGCACAGCCGUGGGCAGCCAUCAGACUCUCGUUAUUCUCGCCCUUCUCCCUAUCCUCCCAGAUCGCCUCCCCACCAGAGGAGGUUUGGUCGCACUAGGCCCAUGGAGAGACAUGACCUUUAUCGCCCACGGACUUUAUCUCGAUCACGAUCGCCACGUCGCUCUCGAUCGUCGGAGCUCAGGUCAACGUCCCCUCCGAGGAGGAGGGGACAGCUGCGCUCUAGUAGCCCGCGACGUGGUAGGCGCCGUAGUCCUAGUUACAGCAGUUAUGACUACAGCAGCCACAGUGACAGAAGUAGAAGUCCCAGCAGGAGCAGAGGCCCUGGUCGAUAUGGUCCGCAAAGGCGGUGA